UAUGAAUCUAUGAUCCCUGCCUCUGCUGCAAGCCCAAGAAAAUUUACACAAGUUGCUAUCUUGCUGAGCGCCUGAGCCCGACGGCAUCAGAUCUCGCGUCGCGUACAAAUGCCACCAGCGUGCGCGCGGCAGAGCAGGGCCACAGCGUCCAAAUAGCACAGCGCCGCGGCCGGGUCCCCCGCUCCCCAGCCCAGUUGUUCAGUCACGAAGCCUAGACUUGCUUCGCUCUUCGCCGAGCCCGCCGCUCCUCCGCCUCGCGAUUCCCCUGAUUUCACUAGGCCAAGGAGCCAAGAACUUGGAUCCAGCGGUGAAGGGCAUGGCUGCCGGCGACGGCAUGGGGCCGAUGGCGAUGGAGGCGCCGCGCGGCGACCACGCACCGACGGGCGCAGGGAAGGCUGCGGCGCCGGCGGGGCACGCGUCGAUAAUGCAGAUGACCUUCUUCUGGGGCGACCGCGCAGUGGUGCUGUUCCCGGGGUGGCCCGGCGCGCGCGGCGCGGGGGCGUACGUCCUCUGCCUCCUCUUCGUGCUCGCCCUCGCCGCGCUCACCGAGGCGCUCGCCGCGGUCUCGAGCUGGGUUGCCCGCCGCGGCGUGGGCAGCCGCGCGUCCUCCGCGGCGCUGCUGACGGCGGCGCAUGCGGUGAGGAUGGGGAUGGCGUACCUGGUGAUGCUGGCCGUCAUGUCGUUCAACGGCGGCGUGCUCCUGGCGGCUGUCGCCGGACACGCGCUCGGGUUUCUCCUCGCGCGGAGCAGGGUGCACCCCGGCGCUGUUCACGGGGGCGGUGCCGCCGCCCGUGACCGCGAGCUCGGUGGCAUGGCCAUCCCUCCCUCGGAUGGCCCCUAGGCUUAGACUACAGUGCAAUUCGAUUAAAGAAAUGCUCGUCUCGUGUUGUCCUUUGUUUUCGGCGUCCGAAGUUCUGAAUAUUUUUUAAAAAAUAAUAGGAGGGGCGUGCCCCUACUGUAAAUAUAUUAAGAAUUAAAAAAGU